GCCAGGCCCCUGUCCCGGUGCAGGGCACUGACCCGCUGGCUGGCUCGUUGCAGAGGACACGUACGAGCGCACCCUGUCCGUGGAUGAUGAGGAGACCACGCUGCUGGUGAUGGACACCUGGGAGCCAGCACCACGGGCCCAGGACGAGGAGAACCGGUCCCACAACUGCUGCCUGCAGGUGGGGAAUGCCUACAUCAUCGUCUACUCCGUCACGGACCGGGGCAGCUUCGAGAGCGCCUCCGAGCUGCGGAUCCAGCUGCGCCGCACCCGGCAGGCCGAGAACAUCCCCAUCAUCCUGGUGGGCAAUAAAACGGACCUGGUGCGGCGCCGAGAAGUCUCCGUGGAAGAGGGCCGGGCCUGCGCCGUGGUCUUCGACUGCAAGUUCAUCGAGACGUCGGCCGCGCUGCAGCACAACGUGGCCGAGCUCUUUGAAGGCGUCGUGCGCCAGCUCCGUCUACGCCGCGACGGCUCGGAGGCCGGAGACCAGUGCCGUGCCACUCCCGCGCGCCAGGAGAGCCUCACCAAGAGGGCCCGGCGCUUCCUCGGCCGCCUGGUCGCCAGGAAGGUGGCAUUGAAAGCCCGCUCCAAGUCCUGCCAUGACCUGGCCGUGCUCUGAGACCCGCAGCCAGGUGGCCGAGCACACUCCUGCAGCCGUGUGCACGGGGCCUGGCAGACUCUCACCGUGUGCCCUACCCUGGUCUGGCUGCAGCCACAGCAGGGGACGGAGCCACCUCCCCUCGGCGGCAGCCUUGGAAGCUGUAAGGCCCUGCCAGAGGAGCCAGGGGGGUCCCGCUCCCCCAGGCAGAGCAGCCCCCAGUUGCUCACCUGCAGCCCUACAGGACGAGGCGUGGAGCCCAGGCAUGUACCUCUGCAAGGAGAAGGCCCCCCAGGAGAGGGCAGGGGACCACCAGGAGGAUGUGAAAGCACUGGGGUUAAAUGUGGCACUCUGUGGCAGAGACCGGGGGCAGCACGAUGGCCCUGAGUGUUGCAGCUGGCACGAAGCAUGGUGCAGGUGGGUGCUCAAAGGAGGCCCUGAUCCAGGCUGCGAUGGCACCUCGUGGGACAGGGCAUCUCCAGGGACAUAUUCACUUCAGUGCUGGCAUGGGGGAAGAGGAGGAUGCUUUGAGGACUGUUGUGGGGUGGGGUCUGGCCCGUGGGGGACAGCAUUCCUCAGACCCGGUGCCCUGGUCCUGCCAGCGGGGACUCGGGCUUUUGUACCAGCCUCGCUCUUUUGUGCACUGUUUCUACAACCAGGUUUUCCCGCUGUCUUUGUAUGAGCGCGACGAUGCCCCUGAGCCCCGCAGAAUAAACUGAACCCA